AUGGAUGAUGUGCAAACAUUUCUAGGAGUCUCUCCACAUUAUAACUACUCAGAGACUCUAACGUUUAGUCCAGAAAAAGGCUUCUGGUGCCAAUUAUUGGAAGGUGGUAAAACAAAAUGUCUUGGAAAAAACAAGGGUCGUAAAUAUCCAACAAUGCAUAUAGAGUCAAGAUUUUUUCUCUCAAGCUAUUACCGGGACCACAACAUCGAAUUGUCCAAACUUCUACAUAGACUGGGACUACCAUUACCAUCCUGGCUGAGACAGGAGCUCCAGAAAUGUAUAAAUUUAAUCCAGACCUCAACAUGUGGGCUACGCUAA